AUGAAGGGCGGCGAGGGGGACGCGGGCGAGCAGGCCCCGCUGAACCCGGAGCCCGAGAGCCCCGCGGGCUCGGCCACGUACCGAGAGUUCGUGCACCGCGGGUACCUGGACCUCAUGGGGGCCAGUCAGCACUCGCUGCGGGCGCUCAGCUGGCGCCGCCUCUACCUCAGCCGGGCCAAGCUCAAAGCCUCCAGCCGCACGUCUGCCCUGCUCUCGGGCUUCGCCAUGGUGGCCAUGGUGGAGGUACAGCUAGAGAGUGACUACGAAUACCCGCCUGGCCUGCUGGUGGCUUUUAGUGCCUGUACCACCGUGCUGGUGGCCGUGCACCUCUUUGCACUCAUGGUCUCCACGUGUCUGCUGCCCCACAUUGAAGCCGUGAGCAAUAUCCACAACCUCAACUCUGUCCACCAGUCGCCCCACCAGAGACUCCACCGCUACGUGGAGCUGGCCUGGGGCUUCUCCACUGCCUUGGGCACCUUUCUCUUCCUUGCUGAAGUUGUCCUGGUUGGCUGGGUCAAGUUUGUGCCCAUUGGGGCCCCUGUGAACACACCAGUCUCCAGGGUACCUGGUACUCUGGCACCAGUGGCCGCCUCCCUUAGUCCGGCUUCCAAACUCCCACCAUCCUCUGCUCCCGUGGCUCCGUCCCAGGCUCAGCCACCUGAGGCCUGCCCACCCCGACAAUCGUGUGGUGGUGGUGAGGCCCCCGGGCCAGGCUGGCAAGCAGCCAUGGCCUCCACAGCGAUCAUGGUACCCGUGGGGCUGGUGUUCGUGGCCUUUGCCUUGCAUUUCUACCGCUCCUUGGUGGCACACAAGACAGACCGCCACAAGCAGGAGCUAGAGGAGCUGAGUCGCCUGCAGGGGGAGCUGCAGGCUGUGUGAGGUUGCCACUAGCCCCGCUGCAAGCACUGCUUCCCUCAGCCGUAUGCAAGAGCCC